UAGAAACUGGACUAGAUAAAUGAUAAAUAUUUGCUAAUAUAAAAUAAUGUGUUGGAUGUAGACCAUGAAAUCAAGCUGAAGUGGAAGGGAUAUUCCUGUUAAGAUGUUCGCAGAACUGUAACGACCCAUUUUCGUUAAAACUUGAAAAAUUUUCAAAUGUGGGACGUGGUGCACCUGUGAAGUAUUAACACAUUUGACUGAAGUCCUUAGAAACAAACCUUCUCUGGAGUAAAAUGACAAACACCGAUAAGAUAAAAGUUAAGCCGUACAGGAACUGGGUGAGGGGAGCGCUUGGUUUGUUCUAUCUACAAAAAGGUCUCUAUCCAUUUACUGACAGUGCUGUUAAAGCGGAACAUUCGAAAAUUGUUCAAAAGCUGCUGCCAUGCACAGGCUGUGCUAUAGAAAACAUCCUGCCGGCACAUGCCAAAGGAAAAGUUUGUAUUCAGAAAAAUAAAGCAAAAUGUAACUGCAGAAAGGGAACAAACAGGAGUUGUGCAACAUGUAGCAAAAUCUAUGACGAUAUUGUAUUACUGCAUCGUUUUAGAGAACCACACUGGGUGACUGAUUGUUCUACAUGGUACACUGACCAUUGGCAGUUUGCAAAAUGUUUCUUGACAACCACUAGCAAAGGAUCAAGCAAUACUGCUGCCGAAACGGAUGCUUCUGGAUUACUCAGCAUUAUCAUAAAUGGCGAGUUCUUUCAGUCAAACAUUCAGUGCAAUAUCGAUCCACCAAAUGAUAUUUUUAGUCAGGUACGAGAUAUAAGGAAUGCAAUUUUACACAAUUCUGAACAAGACUUGACGGAUCAAGAAGUAACUAGAUACCUACAAUCCAUGAUAGCAGUAUUAGAAGACAAGAAAGCACUAAGCAUUAAUCCACCAGCUGAAGCAGCAGCAAAAACAUUAAAAAAGAUUCUCAAAGACGAAUUAAUCAUAACAAUGAGUGAAGAAGCUAAAGUAAUUCAAACUGCGCUAGAGGCCAUCAAAGCAGUUAAAGAACAGUCUGAAGAGAGUAUUAGAAAACUAGCAGAAGAGACUUAUUAUUCUUUACGGCAGCAGACAUCGGAAUUUAAUACAGAAAUAGACGGUGCAAAGGAACGGGCAAUGGAAAAGGUUGCAUCUACAGUGUCGACAGUGUUUGGGGAAAUAUAUGAACCGGAAAUAAGAAGACUUAAACUGGGACAUGAAGACCAUGAAAAUAGAUUAAAGGUGAUUGAAGCAGAACAAAAGGAGUUGCAAAGGAAACAGCUUGAAUUGGAACAACAUGUUGCCAAACUGAAACUUGCUGAAGAAAAGUACCAGACGAGGAUCGAAUACUUGAAACAAAAACAAGCUCUUCAACAACACCUGGUGGAUGAAUAUCAGAAACAUUAUGUCAAAACAUGGAUUUCUCCACUAAACACAAAAGAAAAUGACGUCAACAUCAGUGACGUAUAUGUAUCUCCUAAAAUGGUUGUCGACAAAAACAAAGAUGGCAACAACGAAAACAACACAGAGAAAAAUGGAAACAAUAGGGGAAGAAAUAAAAACCAUAUAGAAAGAUAUUGCGAUUUAUUUGGCACAGAUGAAAAAAGAAAUAGGAAGAUUUUUAUUGUUGGAGACGUAGGAACUGGAAAAAGUUCCUUUUGUAAAAUGAUGAUGCACAACUGGUGCACUUCCAUUACAAAAAGAGGAAACAGUGACGAUUCAGGCGUCAUAGACGAGGAGGGCAUGACACAUGAAAAAGAAAACGACAUGUACGAUAUGAAUCAAUUUGAUUUCUUAUUUUAUAUACCUUUAGGCGAAAUGCCGGAAGGUAUUGUUGACACUGUUGAUAUGAUAAAAACUCGGUCAGAAAUUUAUAGAACUCUGAUUGACGAUAUUUUUACAAACCUUUCGGACCGUAUUCUCAUUCUAGCAGACGGUUUGGACGAGUGGGCACAACCUAAAUCAAACAGACAGUCGCCACAUCACGGGGUACCGACAUCUCAUUUUGCACGGAAUUCUACAAUAAUCACAACAUCUCGGCCAUCAUCUCGCGGUAUCUUAAAUAUGAAAUCAUCAGACUACGAUUUGGUAAUAACUCUCGUUGGUUUAAAGAAUAGCUCUGUGGCACCUAUGGUAGAAAAAUACAUGAAGUUGUUAAAUGAAACGCCAACACCAUCUGUUAGAGACUUCGAUUUAAAAACACUUUCAAAUUUAAAUGUCAAAGAUAUACAGAACGCCCCAAUGUUGCUGCAGCAGAUUAUCUGGCUACACUGUAAGGGUCACAAUGUAGGUAAAUCUAGAAGUUCUGUUUACUCAGACAUUGUUAAUACUGUACUUGCGUGGGAGCUUGACAAAUUGAGUGCUGCUCCUGUCCUACAUGAUUUCAAAAAUAGCAGUUUUGAACAACUUCCACUUCCAAAGUAUUUUGAUAGUUUGGAGAGAUGUCAGUACAACCGAAAUCUGCUCCUACUUAUAGGCUACAUUGCUUAUGAUGCGUACAUAAAAAGCGCGGACAGUGUCUCAUUACUUGUAUUUGGUCGAUACAAGCUGAAUAAGUUGGGUGUAUCAGAUGAUGCUAUUUCUGCAAUAUUGCGGACUGGUAUUCUAACUGAGGUAAACUGUACCGACCCAACACAAGCGAAGUCACAACUUUCAUUUAUUCAUACAUCUUACGUGGAGUUUUUUGCUGCUUUAUACAUUUGUAGCCGUUACCUAUUGAAAGUUUCUGAUGCUUAUUCCUCGGGUACUGCCCUUACAUUACUUGAGGGUCUCAUUGCAGUUACUCCAGAAACCUCUGUUGCCGAAAUACUGCGAUUAGAAAAUGUACUUAUUAUGAUAUGUGGACUAAUCACUGACCUUACAGAACAUGUUUGUGAAUGCAUAUAUAAUGUAACACUAAGAGACAAGAGUAUGGAUGAAGACAUGUUCUUUCGGAAAGUAAUCCGGGUACAGAGUUUAACUUUUGAUUGUUUAUUAGAACAUAAUUCAGUUGAUCAACAUACCGUAAAGUCUAAACUACGCCAUUUUUAUUACGGGCCCCAUCGACAAGAUAGUGCAAUAACGUGCUUUACUGAUUUAGAUCCUACUAGUAUUGAAUCAUGUAGGAUGCAUUAUCCUGUGCCAUUACCAUGUUCGUAUUAUCAUCAUUCUUGCCACAAACAGUAUCAUUGCGGACUCUUGAAAUAGAUAGCUUACACAAUA